UGUCUAUUGAGAUCCACUGCCCAAACCCAAAGUUUUGAAGGGCACAAGGAACCAAAUCGAGAAAAGGGCCAUAGAAAUUCUCACUCAAACUCGUAUAGCAAUCCCAAAUUGAAAUUCCUCUAAGAAUGUCUCUAACCGCCGUUAAAAUGUCCGAGGAUGUUUGGUUAACUUGUCUUACGCACGCAUUGUCUACUGAGACUGAAGAGAUCAUGGGUCUUCUUCUUGGUGAUAUCGAGUACUCAAAAAGUGGUAAUGUCACUGCACUAAUUUGGGGAGCAUCACCUCAGUCUCGAUCUGAUCGGCGAAAGGAUCGAGUAGAGACAAAUCCUGAACAGUUGGCUGCUGCGUCAGCUCAGGCCGAUAGAAUGACCAUGUUGACUGGAAGAACAACAAGAGUCAUCGGGUGGUACCAUUCACAUCCACAUAUUACAGUUCUUCCUUCCCAUGUUGAUGUGCGGACACAAGCAAUGUAUCAACUUCUAGAUUCUGGGUUUAUUGGGCUGAUAUUUUCAUGUUUUAGUGAAGAUAUAAACAAGGUUGGGAGAAUCCAAGUUAUUGCAUUCCAGUCCUCAGAUGGGAAGCAGAAUCAAAUGCCAAGACCAAUUUCUUUAUCACCUGUUAAUAAAAAUGCAGUUAUCAAUUUGGACUCAUCUUUAAGUUCCUCAGAAAAUUUAUCAGUGAGAUCUGGAAGUGCAAGGGCAGAGAGCCCUGAACAAGACACCGGUGAUUCCAGAACAGCAACAGGAUCAUGGAAGGGUCUGGGAAGAUCUUCAGACUUGGGUGGUUUCUUUGCAAAUGCUGAUACCAACCAUCUUGAGAGAGAGAGAGUUGGAGGAAACUACCAAACUGGUGAUUUAAGUAACAUCAUUGCAGAUAUAGAUCCCAUGGAUAUGUCAGAAAGUAUGCAAGAGGCCAUGCACCGUUCAAAUUUGGACAUGAGUGGUGCAGAGUAUAUCAGGAAAGAAAUCCCUCUUCAUGUUUUGCCAACCUCGUCUCUUCUGAAACUUGAUUCACCUCUAACAUCAUUUACGGAUUUGCAACAUGUACUAUAUCAAGAGGAACAGGCAGCAUAUAACCAAGCUAUAUUGCAAAAUAUAAGGGAUGGGAAAGUGCAUCCGCUUACUUUCAUUCAUCACACAUCUACAUAUCAGGCUUCAAUCUGCAAAUUAAUUGAAUAUUGUUUAAGUCCUGCCAUAAAUGUGUUACAGGAUCGAUUGAGAGAGAAUGAACUUCGGUUGGCAAUGCUAACAGAUGAAGCUAAGAUGUUGGAGACUGAUGCCUCUAGGGGGAGUGAGUCCAGUUCAUCUCCCCAUCAUACUCCAUCUCAUGGUCUCAGGGGAAGUGCUUUGGUUGGUCACAGGGACUUGCAUGGCUCAGCUAAUGUGAGGACCUUAUCUAGUCCUGGUAGCCGCAGCAGAAAAGGGGGUUCUUAGUAGAAACACAAACACAUUGCACCUGUUUGACUUCUGUUGGUCUAUCUGAAGAGCUUUUGCAAUUUUCAUAGUAUCCAUGGUUUUUUAAGUUCUGAUGGCAGUAUUGUAAGUGAUGGUUUUCUUGAUCACCACGAUGAUCAAUCUGAAUGGUUCUACAAGAGGAAACGGUGGGUGGGGAUUUUUCCGUGAAGAUGAAUCUGAUUGUAUAUAUUGCCUCCCUGGUUUCAUUUGGUAUAAUUUUCUUCUGGACUUGGCAGUUUUUUUUGAAGUUUAUAGAGUGCAACCCCCUGGAGGUGAUUACGUGUACUUUCUAUCUUGUAUUUUGGUGAAGUAGUGUGUAUCAUUUAGCCCGAAAAUGAAAGGGCUAUAAAGAAAUGAAGAUUGGGUAUCUAGCUUGACAUAUUGAUUGCUGCAA